AUUAUGGGAUCUUUACACAAAUUCCCUUCUCCUUUAUUCCCCUUCCAAAGUGUUCCAUAGCCUCUAACUAACGAUGUACUCUUUGUCCAAAAAUAUAUUUAAAUUUAAAGAAAAAAGAAAAUCAAGCAGUCAAGGUUUAGACCUUUUCUAAAUUCUAAAAUCUUGAUUGACUGAAACAUUUCAUGAAACCAGAAUUCCAAAGUUCCUCUUAUCAUUCAACAUGCCUAUUUUUGAUUGCUAAUUUUAGUAGUAGUAGUAGUAGUAAUUUAUUUGUGUCAGCAAGAUUUAGAAGAAGGUUCCAUAUUUACUAUUCAGCAGCCUCAGAUGUGGACUACUAGAAGGUCCCAUUGCUUCUAUUAAGAAAUUUCCUUGCCAAAAUCCAUAAAUGCUGAACUGAAAUUCCAAAUCCAAAGUACCCAAGAUCGUCUUCAGGCCGCAUCACUAUUUGACCCACAAAUAAUUUUCUGUUCUUUGUUAUUUUUUCUUUCAAUAUUGUUGGAUUUUAAGUGAUUAUGCGAAAAUGGGUUCAUCAGAAAUGGGAAAAGAUUCAAACUUUACUGAUGAAGAGAGAAAAUCUGAAAUGGAUAUUAUUGAGAAGAAUGAGAAUAGCAAUAAGAAGACAAGGAGAAGAAAAAGGUCUUCUAUUUUCCCUAGGUUCGCAUGUAUGAGAUUGGAUGAUGAAGUUUCAGUUGUUGAGACACCUUCUGGUGAAUGUAGUUUUGAUGUGGAAGCUAGUCAAAAUGGUCAUGCUCCUCCUCCUCCUCCUCACUUAGUUGUUAUGGUUAAUGGCCUUAUUGGCAGUGCAGAUGAUUGGAAAUAUGCUGCCAAGCAAUUUGUGAAGGCCUAUUCACGCGAUGUCAUUGUUCAUUGCAGUGACUCUAAUUGUUCGACCUUGACAUUCGAUGGUGUUGACAUAAUGGGGACAAGACUAGCUGAAGAGGUAUUAUCUGUUAUAAAGCAGCAUCCACAUCUACAGAAGAUUUCUUUUGUUUGUCACUCCCUAGGUGGCCUGGUAUCUAGAUAUGCAAUUGCGAAGCUAUAUGAACAAGGAUCUGCAAGAAGAGCUUGUGGAGAAGAGAUGGAAUGUAGUCUUAAUGGUUCCACUAAUUUGUGUGUGGAAGAGGUAUCGAAAAGAAAAAUUGCUGGGCUGGAACCCAUGAACUUUAUAACCUGUGCUACGCCACAUCUCGGUUGUAGGGGGCACAAACAGGCUCCAGCAUUCUGUGGGUUAUACACACUUGAAAAAGUUGCAUCGAGUUCCUCAUGGUUACUUGGAAGAAGUGGAAGGCAUCUCUUUUUGAAAGAUUGUGAUGAAGGGAAACCUCCUCUUCUUCUUCGAAUGGCCAGUGAUUCUGAAGAUCUGCCAUUUAUGUGAGU